AUGGAUUGUGCAGAGAAAUCCCUUAAGGAUGAUCAAGUUACAUGUGAAAGAAUGGAAGAAAUAAAGAAAGAAAGUCCCGAAGGUGAAGUGAUGACUAACAAUCCUAACAACAUUAGGAGAAGGAAGAUUUUUGUUGGAGGCUUACCUUCAAGUACAUCUGAGGAAGAAUUCAGGAAGUAUUUUGAGAAGUUUGGCACAAUAACAGAUUUGGUGGUGAUGCAAAACACCGUAACACGCCGACCUAGAGGAUUUGGGUUCAUCACUUUCGAUUCAGAAAAAUCUGUUGAACAAGUUCUGGAGAAAAGCUUUCAUGAACUGAAUGGUAAACAAGUGGAGGUUAAGAGGGUUGUGCCAAAAGAGGAGAACAAUAAGAGUGGAAAAGGAGUAUUUUCAAAAAGUUUUCCUUAUUAUGAACCCAAGUACAUUAUUGCCAACUAUGGAUAUGCCCUUUCAUAUGAUCAUUAUGGGAACAUUUGGUAUGUACCCAUGAUCCUAAUGUCUAAGGUUCCUUCUACUUACAUUUUACCAAGUUAA